GAUCGGAGAGGGUCGAAGUGACGAGCGACUCAUCUACAGAUUUCCUUCCUCUCCGCUCCACAUUCCUCUGUUCGGUGCAUUAUUUUCCCAAUUUAGAGCAAACAGAGCCACAUCUGCACCUCCAUCACUGCAAGAGCGCAGCUGGAGGGGCUCACCGCGACCACCCUGCUCCGCUUUUGAGGGAUUUUUGGGGCAUUUUUUUCUCCUGAAAGCCAUACAAAGGGAGCCCGGCUGGAUUCUCUGUUCAUGAAGGACGUUAAUUCAUCGCACGGUGUGCUGCGUCCAGACCUGUCUGACCAGGUGAAGACAUCCAGAAUCCAUUCUGAGAUACAGAUUGGAGAAAGAGAAACAGGGUGUGAAGCUCUUCCACUGGAGGAAACGCUGUGGUUUUUACCCCUCAGCACCAGCUACACCAGACCACCAGCCUGAAGGGGUCCGUUUAGAGGGGAUCACUGGGAGAUCUCCAGCUUUUUUGGACCAGAAGAUCCAAGCAGCAGUGCUUUGGGGCUUGACGUGGAAAAGUUGAUCAACUUUUCUUGGUUUAUUGAGACCCACUUCCUUCCAUUUGUUGCCAAAAGGAGAAACAAAGUAGCCCCGUUGGUGCUGGAUUGGUGAACUUUGGUGGACUUCUUGCUCCUGGCGCCGUGUUCUUGCUCCUGGAUGCGGCUUUUGGAGCGGUCCAUGGCUGCAAGGCCCAGCUGACGGUACUCCAGCGCCAAAUCUCCAUUUUCGGUCCUUUAUUUCUUCAUCUUCUGGGACGAAUUCAUCUGCAGAGCUCACCGACACUCCGCCAGCCAUGCAGCUCGACUGGAGGAAUGUGGCUCCGCUGUGGAUUCUCCUCCUGGACUAUCUGCUGGGAUCAGUGGCUGAAGAAGAGGUUUUAAUGAACACGAAGACAGAAACGUCCGAUCUGAAGUGGACCACCUACUCCAGAACAAAAUCCGAGUCCCAGUGGGAGGAGGUGAGCGGUUUGGAUGAAGAGAAUAACAGCGUUCGGACCUAUCAGAUCUGCCAGACGGACGGCUCCUCCAGCCAAUGGCUGCGCAGUAAGCUGAUCGAGCGGCGCGGAGCCUCGCAGGUUUACGUGGAGCUUCGCUUCACCAUGAUCGAGUGUUCGUCACGCAGCACGCACCAUCGGUCCUGCAAGGAGACGUUCAACCUGUUCUACUACCAGAGCGACACGGACGAUGCCACAGCAUCGCACCCCCCAUGGAUGGAGAACCCUUACGUCAAGGUGGACACAGUAGCGGCGGAUUUCCUGCUCCGUAAAGGUGGAGAGAAGAAGUUUAACGUGAAGACUCUGCGUCUGGGUCCUCUGACGAAGCGAGGCUUUUACUUGGCGUUCCAGGCUCAGGGUGCCUGCAUGGCCCUGUUGUCUGUGCGAGUGUUCUUUAAGAAAUGUCCGGCCGUCACUCGCUCUCUCUCCGUUUUCCCGGAGACUGUGCCGCGCUCGCUGGUGCAGGAGGCCGUGGGCACGUGCGUGCCGAACGCAGAGCAGCCGGGGCCCCGCCCCCGACCCCCGAAAAUGUUCUGCGGUGAGGACGGGCAGUGGGUGGAGCAGCCGAGCUCCAGCUGCACCUGCAGAGCCGGAUACGAGGCCAGCGCCGGAGAGCUGGAGUGUAAAGCCUGUCCUGCUGGUCAGUUUAAGCUGGGUUCUGGUUCUGGUCCAUGUUCUCCAUGUCCAGAGUCCAGUCACACUGGAGAGACAGGAGCAGCGUCCUGUGUGUGUCGCCCUGGUUACCAUCGGGCCCUCACUGACAGCCUGGAUUCACCCUGCACACGCCCCCCCUCGGCCCCCCGCGGCCUGUUCCCUCAGAUUAAUGACACCUCUCUGACUCUGGAGUGGAGUGAGCCGGUGGACAGCGGCGGUCGCUCUGACCUGUCCUACAGCAUCCAGUGCAGCGUGUGCAUGUCCCCCGCCGGGCCCUGCACCGCCUGCGGAGAGGGGGUCAGUUACCGGCCUGCUCAGGCCGGUAUCCGAGGGCGACGGGUCAGCGUGUGGGGGCUCCGCCCACACACCACCUACACCUUCACCGUCCAGGCUCUGAACGGGGUUUCUGCACUCAGCCAGCAGGGGCCGGCCGGAGACAGCAUCAACAUCACCACGGGCAGAAACGUUCCAGUGCUAGUGUCUGGUAUCAGCAAGAGGACAGCAACAGAGUCCAGUCUGACCCUACACUGGGCCGUUCCAGCACAGCCUCCCUACAGCAUCCUACAGUACCAGCUCCGCUACUGCGAGAAGGAGCGCGGCGCGGACGAGCACUGGUGCCGUUACAAGGAGAGCGACAGUAAUCAGGUGGUUCUGAGUGACCUGCGCAGGGCCACGCAGUACGAGGUUCAGGUCCGAGCCCGAACUCAGGCCGGAUACAGCACCUUCAGCCCGGCCAAGUCCUUCAGGACUCUCCCAGACGAAGAUGACUCUUCAUCCCCUCUCCUUGUUACCGGGGUUCUUAUCGCCAUGGGGAUGCUCCUCCUCAUCACUGUCAUCGGCAUCGCCAUCUACUGCAUCCGGAAGCAGAACCGACUGAAAGAUCCUGAACUGAGUGAUAAAAACGAACAGUACCUGAUGGGCCAAGGAGUAAAGGUCUACAUCGAUCCCUUCACCUACGAGGACCCAAACGAAGCAGUGCGAGAAUUUGCCAAAGAGAUUGAUGUCUCCUGUGUGAAGAUUGAGGAGGUCAUUGGAGCAGGUGAGUUUGGUGAGGUGUGCCGUGGCCGGCUGCGUAUCCCCGGUAAGAAGGAGAACUACGUGGCCAUAAAGACCCUGAAGGGCGGCUACACAGACAAACAGAGGCGGGACUUCCUGUCCGAGGCAUCAAUCAUGGGUCAGUUUCAGCACCCCAACAUCAUCCACCUGGAGGGCAUCAUCACCGCCAGCUGCCCCGUCAUGAUCAUCACCGAGUUCAUGGAGAACGGAGCGCUCGACUCGUUCCUCAGGCUGAAUGAUGGUCAGUUCACUCCGAUCCAGUUGGUUGGGAUGCUGAGGGGAAUAGCGUCCGGUAUGAAGUACCUCUCCGAGAUGAGUUACGUCCAUCGCGAUUUGGCCGCACGCAACAUCCUGGUCAACAGUAACCUGGUGUGUAAAGUGUCCGAUUUCGGCCUGUCGCGAUUCCUGCAGGAGAACUCCUCUGACCCCACCUACACCAGCUCACUGGGUGGUAAGAUUCCGAUCCGCUGGACGGCUCCAGAGGCCAUCGCCUUCCGGAAGUUCACCUCUGCCUCAGACGUCUGGAGCUACGGCAUCGUGAUGUGGGAGGUGAUGUCGUUCGGAGAGCGGCCGUACUGGGACAUGAGCAACCAGGACGUAAUUAAUGCAAUAGAGCAGGACUACCGCCUGCCCCCCCCUCCGGAGUGCCCCACCCACCUGCACCAGCUGAUGCUGGACUGCUGGCAGAAGGAGCGCACGGCCCGGCCGCGCUUCACCAACAUCGUCUCCGCCCUCGACAAGCUGAUCCGAAACCCCGCCUCCCUCAAAAUCACCGCCCAGGACGGAGCAGGUCCGUCCCACCCCCUGCUGGACCAGCGCUCUCCCCCCACCCCGGCCUCCUGCAGCUCUGUGGGUGAAUGGCUGCGGGCGAUAAAGAUGGAGCGCUACGAGGAGAGUUUCCUGCAGGCCGGCUACACCUCCGUCCAGCUGCUGGCACACCUCAACACAGAGGAUCUUCUGCGGUUGGGCGUCACUCUGGCCGGCCAUCAGAAGAAAAUCCUGUCCAGCAUUCAAGCUCUUAGGGUUCAGAACAAAAGUCCCAAUAACAUUCUGUACUGACCACACACACUUACAAAUAAAGACACGUCACACACACACGCAACAUAAACACACACGCACACACAACCCACACGCAUACAGUGUAAACAAACACAAACACAUCUCAAGACUUGACUGGAGAAGCUCUUCCUGUGACCUGACCAAUCAGGAACUCCCGUCCGCCGCCAACUUCCAAUAGACGGGGAGUUUGUGUUUAAGUGGCCAAACAGAGACUUUGUGGUGCUUUAGGAGUUAAAUAACUUCCUGUUAUUGGCCGUGGAUGCCGUCAUUGGACCUGAAUGGCAUCACAGCACGUCUACGGGAACAAAGACUGUGCCAAACGAAGACAUUAAAAAAGACAAAAAUUGUCUUGUCAGACAAUGCUAAUGCUAACGUCGCAAAAAAGGGAAACAGAGAAAUGUCAGAUGCCAAUCCAAGGACUACGCAGCGCGUGUAACGUUUUCAAGAGAGUAUUUUUCUAACGGAUUGUAUUAUCUGGGAAAAGACUGAGGAGACACAGCAGCAGAUGAGGACAGAACUGCUAAAGAGGAGGAAUGUGAACUUUUUACGACGGCGUAUUGCGGACAAGCCCCGUCAGGAAAUAAUCUGAUUGUAAUCUGUGAUUUUUUUUUUUCCAUCCUGUCUGUCUGAGCACGCAAAGUGUGUGUAUGUGUAAGAACGUUGACUGAAUGACUGUACCAUGCACCCACGUUCUGGUGAGGACGUGCUGGAAGGAACCACUGUUUUACUUUGCUUUUAAAUGAGCGUGUUAUCUAGCAGAGCAUCAACCGGGCCUGUACUGUAUUAGCACUUGUUCGUACACUGCCUGUCAAACGUUCGAGGACACCGAACUUUUCUUAAAACUGUUUUUUAAUACAGAUGAACAUGAUGUCUUUGUCGGUUUGCCAAAAAAAAUAACAUAAUAAAUAGAAAGCUCUUUAGAUUUUGCCCCUUUUUUGUCAAAAUUGCGCUUUUUUCUUCUUGUUAUGAUGUCAGAACUCAAACUUUGCAGGUUUUGCUCCACGCUUGGGCCAAGAGUGUUUCAGUAUGAGCUUUUAGCAGCAGUUUGGAGAAUAAAACCGCCCCAUCAUACCAAGGAAGACACUUUGAAGAAGAAGCUGAGUGUUGAAGUCUUUAGCACACAGCUGCAGCUAUUUUUUGUACUUAUUUUGUUACUUAACUGAAAAUUAACCAUGAAAAACAGAAACUUUGUCCAAGGUGUCUCCAAACUUUUGACGGGCAGCGUAUUUCUAAGAGAAUGGCAUUUUAUUCAGGCAGAGAGGCAACCAGCGAUGAACGGCCAGUGUUGCAUUAGUAGCCACUUUGUACACACAUAUACAAACAUUCAGAGCAGCUGACACUCGAUUGACACAAAGAGAGAAGAAGACAAGGCCCAGUUUGUAAAAGAAAGGUGAUUGUUCUUUCCAGAACAGCUGGGAUUGAGAUGUUUUUCAUUUUGGACUGGAUGCUACGGUGCUAGUUAUGCUAAAGGAAUAGUUUGGCUAAUAUUUCAACUUACACGCUAUCAACCUCAAAUAUAGUCGAUCAGUCCAAGACAAGCUUGCUUUUUAAGGCUCAGCACUGGAGCUAAUGUUGCUAAUAGGAUGCGGAUAACCAGACAAACCUACAAUCAAGAAUGCGACGCAUUAAAACUGCAUUGCAUUUUAUAUGAACAAGGAUUUAAAGGCGAUAUAUUCAUCAUUUUAAACAUAAAUAUAGCAGCAAACAACUUUUUUCUAUGUAAAGACAUGACGGAGUAACAGCAUCCGGAGCAGAGAGUGAAGCCACGCCCCCUCUGUGUGAGCUGUAAUCCGAGCUUCUCUGUUUUUUUUUGUUUUCAUAGCCAGUCUGGCCGUGCAUGCAUGUAAACGUCGGCCCUCCCCACGUUUUGUUGUGCAUGCUAAACUUAAGGCGGAACAGGAAAAUAGGAAUUAGAAGCUGGUGAAAAAGAAGCUGAUUUCAGCUUCACUGAGAGUUGAAAUGCCUGAAAACGGAUAAGGAAGCUGCUCCUUUUGCUGUUUCACAGAAUCAAUAGUCAGUAUUGUUUUGUCCUGUUUGCGAGUGUUUGUGAUAGCACCUGGUUAGCUUCACAACAGAAACUGUAGCAACAGUUUGCUAACACACAUCCUAGCUAACGUUAGCUGCAGUACUUGUUGUGUCGCUGUUCAUGCUAAUGUUAUUUCAUGGUAUUUGUGUGUACGAGGUUUGCGAAGGGUUUUGUGGCCACAAAGACCUAAAAAGGUCUGUUGGCAUCGACAAUGCACGUCCACAGGGUUGGGGGGCGGAGUUUCUGAAGGAGCACUGAAGGGAGGGUGAGUUUGUUUUGCUGUUGAGUUCAAAUAUCGACAGUCGUUCUCCAGAAUCGUUUAGUGCACCUUCAAGCUUUAUCGAAUGAAAAACACGGGUAACGUAACAGAUACGACAGCAGGGUAAUGUGGUCUACUUACUUACACUUACCACACAUUAUUAGCCCAAGUUAGUGAACAAAUAUGGCCUGAACGGAGUUAGCCUGAAGUUCAUAUGCGUAGUUUGAACAACAAUCGAUGCAAACAUUGUAGCUUUUAAUCAUGGGACCAACUACAGAUGCUAACCACUAGCUAACAAACAUGGCUAGGUUUUCUGAAAGUAUCUUAGUACAAAGAUCAUUCUUAAAUGAUAGAGUGAGAAUCACACUGAACACUCUCUCUACCAGAGAGGCUGAUCUAGACAGAGACUAAAGCCAGUGUCACACUACACGACUUUUACCCCGAUUUUAGCCCCGAUUCUCAGUCUGAGCUGGUCGGCUCUAGUCUUCAGAUUUCUGGGUCAGUCGGAGUCGACAGUUGGAGAGAGAGUCGAGUCGUGUUUGAGGGGCGCAGACUCAGAUUUUUGGCCUCCUGAUCGCGUUUCAGAGCAGUCAGAGUCAAACGUUUGAGUUUUUCAACCCAACUCUGAGCAUAAUCUAGUGUAAAGUUGUCGACGACUUAAUCUAAACGGAUUCCUGCAACAGCCAAUGAAAACUGAGAGCGCGAAAGAAGAAAAUACAGCAAGUAAACAAAGUAAAAUGGCAGAAAGUCUCUCACAUCUGGAGCGAAGCUUUUUAAUGAGCUGAGUUUAAGGCACAAUCGAGUUUAUGUACAUUUAAAACUCUAAAAAUACCAAACUGAUCACAUUUUUAAAUCAAUGAUCCACUUAAACAUGUUUACCUGCUGCUUCUUUACUGUUUCAGCGCAAACGGCAGAGAAAACAGCAGCAGCGGCUCCACGUUUGUUUAUUUGCAUCUCCUAGUAACGAGAGAACGCGAGAGUUCGUGCGAGUUCAUUGAGCUCCGUUCGGUUCAGCAGCAGCUGAAAAGUUGAGUAGUGUGUGAUCCGUAAUUGUUUAGUGUGGAUCCACAAGAUUUCAGUCGCUCAAAAAAGUCAGACAGUGUGAGACGCCCAGUCUUUAUAAUCUGUUAAGACUUUAAAAGUCGUGUAGUGAACCCAAGGCUUAAGAUGCUUUUGGGAAACUGGGUCCACAUUUGUAGGCCACAGCUGAAGAUUACAUUCAAGAGAAGCAACACAGUGUUUAAAAAAAGAGUCAGUUGAAGCUUAGCUUAGCGUGUCAUGUGGCUAAAUAUGUGUAUAGGAUGGUUUAAUCUCUGCUAUAACUGUUUAUCAAUGGCUCCGAGUCGGAGUCGGAGUCGGAGUAUUUGGCAGGUAACCGUUAAUCGGUUAAUCAAUAACAUCCCUAGUAGCCAACAAAUAAUGUAAGCUUAUGAUAAUUACCCCAACUGCACGAACUCAACCCACAUCAAGUUGUGAAAUAAUCUCUAGUAGACUUGAUUGUGUGGUUUCUAACACUUUAAGACACACUGGUCUAUAUAAAGAUGGACAAGUUAGCUACCUGUUAGCUACAUUAGCCUCAUAGCUCCAGUGCUAAAACUAAAGAAGCAAACUUCAGGCACCAGACACGUCUCAGACGGUCGACUACAUUUGGAGUAAAAGCUAAAAUGAGGUAUUUUUUAACAUUUUUCUGCCAAACCGUUUCAUUUCCAGCUCAGUGCUCAUGCAGAUUUCAUCAUCACGUGGACCACAGGGUUCAGAAACCUGACCACUUCAGUGAACUUUGACCCAAAGUGUGGGACUGUGGUUAGAGGAUGAGUUUUGGUCUUCACAUUGGAGAUCUAUAAUUACAAAGCAGGGAGAUGACGAUGAUUAUUAUUGUUAUUAUUAUUAUUAUUAUUAUUAUUAUUAUUAUUAUUAUGCUGCCUUUCUUUUGAUGUAUAGAAAUCUCUGGCUUUAUGUAAAUGAGUUUUAAUUCUUCUUUUCCGUGUCAGUGUAAUCUGUGUUUACUUCACAAUAAAGAUUUACACCACCA